GGGGUGGGGGUGGGGGGGUUUGAGUGUAGCCUCCGCCCGCGAGCGCCACUCCGGGGAUCUUGCCUGUGCCGCACCGGGCGCACCAUGGCGCGCCGGGCCGUCCUCGCGCUGCUGCUCUUCUGCCUGCUGAACGCUCUGGUGUCCGCCCAGGAUGAUUUCGAUUUAUCGGAUGCCGUGGACGACACGGAGAAGAUACCCACACCAACCCCCAAAAAACCCACUUCUGGCGACGACUUCACUUUAGAAGACGCGUUGCCCGGUGGAGGACACGAUGAUCCCAUGCGUCCCGGACCGCCGAAACCAAAACCGAAUCCAAACCCCCACCACCCCGGAAGUUCGGGUGGGUUUUCAGACAGCGACCUGGUCGACCAGACGUCCGGUGGAGGAGGUGGCGGAGGCGGUGGAGGCGGUGGUGCUGGCACAGGCGGUGGCGGAGGAAACCAGCGGCAUGACGGGGAGGGACAAGGCGAGCCCCAGGGCGUGGUCCCUGGCAUCAUAGGGGCCGUGGUGGUGGCUGUGGCUGGGGCCAUUUCCAGCUUUAUUGCCUACCAGAAGAAGAAGCUGUGCUUCAAGGAAAACACGGACCAGGCCGACAUCAACAUGGAGACCAACCGGACCGUGAACGCAGAGCCGCUCGUUCAACAGACGAUCAUCGAGAAGUAGGAGGUGGCCAGCGUGCACACACACAGCUUGGAGGUCGCAACGGGACUAGGGGGGUUUGGAUGCGGCGCCUCCAAAGAUGGGGCGGGGCGGGGCGGGGCAGCCUGCCCGGAACCAGCCCCUCACCCCCGCACCAGCCCUCCCCUGGAGGGCCCCACCUGCACCAGCCUCGUCUCGCCCGGCCCCUGCUCACCUUGGAUCCUGCGGUCCACAUCUCAGAAGUGGUUCGCCUGUCGCUGUGCCGGGUCCAUGCCGGUGACCCACCAGGAGUCCGACAUCCGGGAGGGGAAAAUUCCCCACGCCUUCUCCCAAGGCCCUCCAGGGUCCCCAGGGGAUGGGACCGACUGUCCACCGCGAAGCCCCCCCGUCAUUCUGGUUUCGGAAACCCCGCGCCACGGAUGCACUGAAGGUCCCCCCCCCCCCCCCCGGGGCACGCGGGAAACUUCCCCAGCAACGGGCCGUUUCACACAGUGACAGGACCCUUCAGUCCGCUUCCUCAAAAUUUCGUGUCUGGGGAUAUUUUUUUGUUUGUUUUUUUAUGGCAGGCGAAUAAAAAGGAAUUAGAAACCA